AUGGAUCUGUUAGGAGAUAUUGUUGAGAAGGACGUCUCGGAGGCGCCAGCCCUGCACGAAGCUCCCCCCACUGGGUUCCCGGCCCUGUACCAGCCCGAAAAGGUGUCCUCAUGGAAAGUAAGGCUACAGCAGAAGAACAAGCAGAAAAGAACAUCGCAAACCAGCAAAAGAGAAAGGGACACCCCGGCGAAGAGGGCGGUGGAGGAGCCCGUUAUCCCUCCAGAGACGGAGGCACAGCGGAUUCAUCAGGAAAACGUUACGCGCAUGCGAAGCAUGACCCCAGAGCAGCUGGAGCAGGAGAGGCGCGAGCUCCUUGAGUCACUGGAUCCCGCAGUUCUACAUGGGCUUCUCAAGCGGGCAGCCAGGCGCGAGGAGCCUGCUUCCUUGCAGGAAUCCAUGAAAACAGUCAAAGCGCCUCUAUUUGCAGAAGUCGAGGGCGCCCCGGGCACCUGGGUCGGAGGUUCGCGCGAGUUUUCAGAUUUGCCGCAUCUUGACGAUGCUGCAGUCGAUAAAGCGUUGGGAAUUCCGGAGACGAAGGCUAAACACGUAAAGUUUCAGGACCAAGACGAUGAAUCACGCGCAGAAUUCCCAGGUGAUGAAGAAGAGUGCUUUCCGGAGCCCUUGCCUGACGAUGACAUGGCGCCUCAAGAAUACCAGUUUGUUCAGCAAAUGGAUCACAUGAACAAUGAAGACCUGUUAAAAGACGUCCACUUCAUUCGGCCAAACACGGUCGAUAAUGAUUUCGAAGCACUCGACAUCAACGACCCAUCGUUCGACGAAAAACUGCAUAAGAAGUACUUCCCAGAUCUACCAAAGGAGUCGGACAAGAUGGCUUGGAUGAAGCCGGUCUCUUCCGCAAAGCCGACCGGUCUCAUAGAGGAUGUUACUCAGUGCCGAUUCGACUUUCAAGGCAGCUUAGUUCCUCCUGACAGGGAAAUUAAAAGUACACAGGACGGUCUUCACCACCACUCUGAGGAGCCCGAACUGGCGGGCUACACAAUAGUUGAGUUGCAGCAUUUAUCCAGAUCCACAUUCCCUGCGCAAAGAUGUAUUGCUAUCCAGACGCUGGGGAGAAUACUCUACAAGCUAGGCAAACAGUCUUACAAUCAGCUGAUACCGGAGGUGGAUGCUGGAACUUAUGAAGAAAUGGGUGGGGCAGAAGCUAUAUUGAACCACAUAUACGGGAUGUUCUGGGAUCUCUGCAAGGUUAGCAUGGUAAUUGAAUCAUUAACCGAUGCAGCAGAUGAGAACAGCACCAAGAACCUCUCCGUGCGCAACUACGCCAUCGACGCUCUAUGGUUAUGGAAAGAGGGCGGAGGAGAUUUUAGAACAGGAAAAAAUGAGAACAAGUGA